CACAGUUUCAACCACAAAUUACUCCUACUCCUUUCCCACCAUUUUCUCUCCUCCAUUUUCAAAACCUAAUAAUAUCCAUCCAUGGCCUAACCCUAAUUUUUUCAUUGGGAAGAGGGAAAGGAUCUCUCACUGGGAUCCUGAGCAAUCCCCCUUUCCUCCAUUGCCCUAACCCUAGUUCCAGAUUCACAGAGAGAAACUUUUGUGCUCAAAUCCUUGUGUAUUGAUCAGGCUUCUUGAUUGAGGUUUCUAUGGUUUGGCCUUGAUUUGGACUUCUGAAAAGGGUGAUAUGCUCAGGGAUUGGGCCUAGUUUCUGGUUUGGAGGAGGUGGUUUUGGUUUGAAUCAGAAUUUGGAUAUACGAACGGUUUUUCUCUAAAAAUUUGAGGUGAUUUCUUGUUUGGAUCUGGAAGAGGUGGUAUUGUAGAUAUUGUUGUAGUGAAAUUGUGGAAAUUGAGAGGAACUAGUGUUUUGAUAUUUGCUUGACAGCUCUCAAUUGGAUCAGGUGGUACUUUGGUUGAGGUGAACUGGAAUCUGGAUUGAAACUAGAGGAAAUUUUUGGAUACUUAAACCAGAAUGGGGUUUUCUCUGAAAUUUGUUUUCUAUAAGUUAGGUCUUUGUGAAUUGUGAUCGCAAAAUCAAUUUUGGUACUGAUUCGAUCUAUAACUGCAUUAAAGAAGAGGAUUCAACUGACAUCCUGUUAUCCUAACCUAAAGUCUUAUCAAAGUUAGGGCUUACAAGAGAUCUAACCCCACAAGUUUGAUUGGAAAAAAAAGUUUUGUCAGGAUUUUGAGUACCACAACCUUGAACUCCAUCAAAAAAGGGUUUUCUCACAUUCUCCAUUGCAAUGCUUAUCCCCAGUUCUGGUUAGCUUUCUGCUCUCUUAUCUCGAGGAUUCUGGUUUCAAAAAAUGGAGAUCGCAGGUCAAUUGAAGCGAGGGAUAUCUCGCCAAUUCUCUACUGGUUCAUUGAGAAACAGUUUCAAGGGUUUCGGCCGCCAGUCCUCGAUGGACCCGAAACGAAAUGCAAUGAGAUUCAGUUUUGGAAGGCAAUCAUCUUUGGACCCAAACAGAGGCCUAAUGAAAGAACAGCUAACUGUUCCUGAUAACCUUGAUUCAACUAUGCAGCUUUUAUUCAUGGCUUGUAGGGGUGAUGCCAAGGGCGUUGAGGACCUUUUAAAUGAGGGUGUCGAUGUGAAUAGCAUCGAUUUGGAUGGAAGGACGGCCUUACAUAUAACGGCUUGUGAGGGACAUGUUGAUGUAGUUAAGCUUUUGCUGAGCAGGAGGGCAAAUAUCGAUGCUCGUGAUCGUUGGGGGAGCACUGCUGCAGCCGAUGCCAAGUUCUAUGGAAACGUAGAAGUUUACAAUAUCUUGAAGGCUCGAGGAGCGAAAGUUCCGAAAACAAGGAAGACACCAAUGACUGUGACAAAUCCUCGAGAGGUUCCAGAAUAUGAACUUAAUCCAGCUGAACUUCAACUUCGAAAGUGUGAUGGGAUCACAAAGGGUACAUAUCAAGUGGCUAAAUGGAAUGGAACAAAAGUUGCUGUAAAAAUACUUGACAAGGACAGCUAUUCAGAUCCUGAUAGCAUUGAAGCUUUUAAACAUGAGCUAACAUUGCUGGAAAAGGUUCGGCAUCCAAAUGUGAUUCAGUUUGUAGGAGCUGUUACUCAAAAUUUCCCAAUGAUGAUUGUUUCAGAGUACCAUCCAAAAGGUGAUCUAGCAAGCUAUUUGCAAAAGAAAGGACGUCUUCAACCCUCUAAAGCCCUGAGAUUUGCUCUUGAUAUUGCUAGGGGAAUGAACUAUCUUCAUGAGUGCAAGCCAGAUCCUAUCAUUCACUGUGAUUUGAAGCCAAAAAAUAUUUUGCUGGAUAGUGGAGGGCUUUUGAAGGUGACUGGUUUUGGCCUGAUAAAGCUGACAAAAAUGUCACCCGAGAAAUUUAAAGUCGUCCAACUUGGUGAUUUGCUUGGUGAUUCAAGAUUGCAUACGGCCCCAGAGGUUCAAAAAGGUGAAGUCUUUGACAGAAGUGCGGAUGCCUUCUCCUUCGGUCUCAUUCUUUAUGAGAUGAUGGAAGGAGCACCACCCUUCCACCCAAAAGCACCAGAGGAGGCUUCGGAAAUGAUUGCUAUUCAAGGACUUAGGCCACCAUUCAAGAUCAAAUCAAAACAUUAUCCGCCUGACCUCAAAGAGUUGAUCCAAGAGUGCUGGGACCCUGAACCUGUGGUGAGGCCAACGUUUUCUGAAAUCAUCGUUCGACUGGACAGAGUAGUCUCAUAUUGUGCAAAGCAAGGCUGGUGGAAAGAAACAUUCAAACUUCCCUGGAAAUGAAGCGGUUAUGAAUUGAUUUCCUUUGACAGAGAUGUUGCUUUCAGAUUCAAGAGACACAUCCAACCACCACUGAUAUGGGUUUCCAAAGCUCUUGUACACUUAAUCUCGAAGAUGUAACAGUAUGUAUUCUGUAUUUUUGGACUGAUAUUUAUUCACAAUAUCGUUGCGCGUAUAUGUAUACAUGUAUAUGUAUAUGAAUAAAGGGAGGGUCAUGGAUCAUGGAAGGUUGGUGUUUUAAUAAAUUGCUUCCCUAAAGAGGGAAUGCGACAGCCAUCUCU